GGCAUUUCAAGGGCUCAAAUCUAUUGGCUUCAAAUCUCUAGAAAGUUCGCUAAAGUUUUAAGUCGACAGCGAAGACUGGGUAUGCGCACCAACAUAAAUAACAAGCAAGAAGACUAUAACUAUGAAAAAGCGACAAAAAGCAAAAACGAAAGGGGAACUAGUACCCUAGCCACGGCGUAA